GCAUUGCCCAAUCUAGAGAGCGUUGCAUUUGGGCCGGCAAAUGUUAAUGUUGACUAUAUAAGUAUUAGAGUUGACCUUUGCAGUCAUUACUGCAAUGAUGGCGCGGCUCGGCGUUGUGCUGGCGGUGGUCGCGUGCGCCUCCUGUAUGGAGAUGCGAGAGACUGUUGAGAGAAUGGUCAUGGUCCGGACCACGGGAUCUGACCUUCAACCUGCGGCUACUGGGUACAUCUACAAGAAAGAAGACGAUGGCCCAGAAAGCGUUAUCAAAAUGGAAGAGGAUGACGUGCUAGAACAUCUGUCUCAAUAUUAUAAACAACCUGAAGCUUUCGCUGCACCAAUUCCAGUAGCAGCAGGACCAUUUUAUGCCAAAGAAGAUGGCGACAGAGCAGCUUCCCAUUCUAAAGAAUACGUGAUUCCUGUCGUCGAAAAAACUGAAGAGUCUGAUGACCACGUAGAUGGAAUAGCUGAUAACGAUUAUGACAAAAUUUUCAAAGGAUACGGCUUCGGGAAAUACAACGAGGACUUUGCUGAUUAUUUACGCGAUCUGGGAUAUUUCAAAGACGGACUUUAUCAUGAAACUGGUGAUGGGAAAGAACAUGGUUCUGAAGGACAUCAUGAUCACGGCGACAAAGGUUAUAAAGGAUAUGCCUCAAAACAUCAUUACGACAAAGGCGGAGCAGGGGACUACCAUACAGAAAAAUAUGAAAGUUUCUCGGUGUCCAGGCAAAGUGGGCAUAAGAAAGACUACGAUGGAGCAGAUGCAUCAGGGAAGCAUUUCGAGAAGGGGAGUGGAUAUAAAGGAGGCGAUCACGGACACAAGUCCUCCCACAGCAAAGGCGAAGCGGUCGAUGGAUUUCACAACAUCUACAAUAAGGACGAGUUCAAGAAAGACCAUGACUUUUACGAUGGCGAAAAGAACGAAGGUGGCUUCCACAAACACAGCGAUGGACACUUACACCAUGGAUCAGACGCCGGAGGGUUCCACAAGGGAGGAUCACACGAGUCAGGAUCAAACGAGGGUGGUUUUGGAAAGGGUGGUUUCGUCGAGAAGGAGUCCGGUGACGAACAUGGAGCGAAACAUUCCAAGGAAGAAGGAGAUGAGUCCUCAGGACACCACUACGGAGAAUUCGCGGCUAGAGGCGGCCAGUUCGGCGGAAAGGGUUACGGAUACGAGGUCAAACAUUGAGUGGAUGUUAUUAGCUUUGUUGAUUUUUUUAAAUAUUUGUAAAUAGGUGUAAAUAUAAGCCAUAAUUCUAAUUUAUAUUUAUUUAUG